GAUGAUCCUUUAUAAAUUCCCAACUCCGCUUCUUCUACCUCCGCACACAGGCAAGACAACCACUCGGUCAGCUAGGCUCCCUCCGCACAACAACAAGCACGCACUGGUUCCCAGGGAGAAACUCUACCCGACGUCCCGACCCCUACCAGGCUAGGCUACCACAAGACCGACGAGGCCUGCAGGCAGCCGGCGGACAAGAAAUAAAAAUGCCCAAGACGAAGGUGCACCCCAACGCCGCCGCCGCCGAGCCAGUGCUCACGGUGAGCACCGCCUGCGCGCGUGCAGACCCCGGCGAGGAGGAGCCGCCCACGGUGCUGACGGUGUGGCGCAAGUCGCUGCUCUUCAACUGCGACGGCUUCACCGUGUACGACGCCAGGGGCGACCUCGCCUUCCGCGUCGACUCCUACGACGCCACGGGCCGGCGGCGCGCCGAGGUGGUGCUGAUGGACGGCGCGGGCACCCCGCUCCUGACCGUGCGCCGCAAGAGGAGGCUUGGAGUGCUGGCCGAGCACUGGGUCAUCUACGACGGCGACGCCGCAGCGGAGGCGAAGGAGACGCCCAGCAGCCGCAUCAGCAGGCCUCUGCUCUCCGUGCGCCGCCACAGGGCGUCGGCGUCGGCGUCAAAGGCGAAGGCCAAGGCGCUAGCCCACGUGACGCCCCUGCCAGCCUCCUCUUCGUCUUUAUCAGGCUAUCACCGCGCCUCCGCCGAGGCGUCGUACGUGAUGGAGGGGUCGUACGGGCGGCGGGCCUGCGUUGUGCGGGACCGCGCGCACGGGGAUGCCGUGGUGGCCGAGGUCAGCCGGAAGGAGGCCGCGGUGGGGGACGACGUGUUCCGCUUGGUGGCGGACCCGCGCCUCGGCGCCACGCUGGCCAUGGGCCUCGUCGUCGCCCUCGACGAGAUGUUCGCGAGGGGCCGCUCGACCAACUAAUUAAGCGCUACCAUCUCUUCAUAUCAAUAACCACACCAUGCAAGUGUUACUCAUUCACCUAUCCUCCCGGCAGCGAGUGCAUAAAUUGUUUUUUCAAGUAAAGUACACUAGGGGGUCCACAAACUUGCUACGCGGUGCCACUUAACCCUCAAACACAAAAAACCAAGAAAACGGGUUCUCAAAC